AUGAAUAAUCAUUUGCAGAGCCUAUACGCGAAAAACGUACUCGACAAGGAUGAUUCCUUUCGCUUGGUUUCUCUUCAACCAGGGCGUGAUAGUGCCCCGCUUACGCUCCGUCUUCUGAACACCAAUCUUAAUAAAACUCAACCUUACGAGGCAGUCUCCUACGUUUGGGGAGAUGUGAAAGAUCUUAUAGCAAUCAAUGUUUAUAGCGAUGAAGAUAUGGAAACUCAGGCACUUGUAUCGCAGAACUGCCACGCGGCCUUGAGUAAUUUCCGAGAUUCUGAAUCAUCUCGACUGCUCUGGAUCGAUUCAAUUUGCAUCGAUCAAGAGUCACCGAUUGAAAAGAACCAUCAGCUGGGCCUCAUGGCACGAAUUUAUAAGAAUGCUUCCCAAGUAUUGGUCUAUCUUGGACAUGGAACGCCUGAUAGCGAUGCAGCUCUAAGGUGCAUCCGCGAAAUUGAUGAACCAUCCAACGACGAUGGUUAUGAGACUGUGGAAGCUUCUGCAAUCAUUCAAGAGAACCAAAGUGCUGUAAGCAAUCUAUUCAAGAGGCCGUGGUUCUUUCGUGUUUGGGUCCUUCAAGAGAUCACCUUUGCGCAAAAGGCUAGUGUGAUCUGCGGUGACUACCAACUCAGUUGGGAAAGCUUCAAGACAUUUUUUCAUUGGAAUGUUAACGCGGGCUGGAUCCAAAGACUACCAUUCUCAGUUACAUACGCUGUUGCACCCACUCCGUAUGUAAUGCACGUUACAUACGGCGAAAGACUCUUGAAGAUAUUAGAAGACACGAGGACCUGCGGUGCUACUGAUAAGAGAGACAAGCUCUACGCUAUUCUACCUCUAUUAGAUCGACAUCAUGAAGAACUGAAGGAGGAGCUUGAAGAGUACAAGGAACGCUGGGACUAUAACGAGCAAGAGCUACAGGAACUGGCAAUUCGACAACGCCGUUUGAGUGUUCCAGUCGAUUAUAGUCACUCUGUGUCCCAGGUGUAUACUGAGCUUGCGAUCCUGUUGAUGGGUUCAGUCGGUCUUGACCUUCUUUCACAUGUAGUCAACGAAUCAACCAUACCGGGGUUACCAACAUGGGUCCCAGACUGGAGCGUCACAUCUCCCUACUGGGCUGCGACUCAGAAGCCCGCUCCAGGUAGGUACAAGCCGUUUGCAGGUUUUGUAAGUGGACCUACUCAGUAUGUAUGGGGCUGGAAGAUGCUGCAUCCUCAUCUUAUCGAUACAUGGACGACUUCCGGAUAUACUUCUGCCAACACCCAGCCGUCUAGACAGCUUCACGUCCAAGCUGUUAGCCUGGGUAAAAUUGAGAAACUAGGCGAUGUUUGUGACAUUGGCAAGAAUCGCUUCCCCGUGGUACAGUGGCAAAAGCUAGUACCAGACGAAUCGUAUCUCAAACACAGCAAAAUACCGGAAGAUAUAGCUGGAGAGGAUAUUUACCAGUGGCAUAACGGCCCAUUGUCUCUAUCAAAAUUUCUCAGAACUCUGACAUUCGACGACGUUGUUUACCCCGAGGUCGCCAAAGCGGCUAUCAGUCAUAUCAAACGGUAUAAUGGAGAGGUUCUUAAGGAUGAUGAAGGCGAAUGGAAGUGUUUUGGGGAACUGACUGAGAAUGACAGAGAAAGGAUACCACUUGUAGAAAUAUUUGAGGGAUCAGGGAGCUUUGAGAAACAAGCUAUGAGGAUCUUGAAGCGUUGCGAUGGGAAGAGACUGUGUAUCCUCAGUAACGGACGUAUUGGUCUUGCACCGGACAGGGCUCAAGUGGGUGAUGAGGCUGUUGUAGUUGAAGGUGCCAGUGUACCUUAUAUCUUGAGAAAGGUGUCAGCUUGUGGAACAGGAGAUGGUGCUUCUAAGCAAAUGUUUAACUUGGUGGGGAGCAGCUUUGUACUCGGUGUUAUGAACGGCGAGAUUUGGAACCAGGUAGACAAAGGCGAGGCACAGAGAGAAAGGAUUACUAUCAGAUGA